GAAAAUUACACUUAAGGUGCUUUAUGCAACUGGGCAGUCAUCCUCAGUGUUUGUCCUCCACAGGGACGCCGGCCGGUGUGAACUAUAAUGAGGUGCGGGAUCAACUGCUCCGGGUGAAGGGAGUCAGAGCCGUGCACAACCUCCACAUCUGGGCCCUGACGAUGAACCAGGCGGUGCUCUCCGCCCACGUGGCCAUAGAAGACACAGUAGAGCCACAGGCGGUGUUGAGAGAGAUGACCCAGGUCUGUUUCAAAACAUACAGUUUCCAUUCGGUCACCAUUCAACUGGAGCAACAGGCGGACCAAAGGCCUGACUGUAGUCUCUGUCAAGACCCCGCGAAGUGAAACACACACAGAGACUGAUCCCCAGGUGAAACAAGACCCUUUCAAGAGGAUUUUUGUGGUGUUCAUGCUUCAGAGCUGAUCUGUUUUACUGUAUAAUGAGGUCUUUGGACUUUAGACACCUCUGUGUGUUUUUCGGGGAUGGGUCACAUGACGGUAUUUCACUGAGUUUGUGGUAUUAUAAACAGUGCUGUCCCACUUUUUAAUGUAUUUUUUUACAUUCAUUUCUCUCAUAGGGAUUAUAAAAAUAGUCUUUCUAAACCAUGAACCAAACCAACAAGCUAUGAGUAGAAUCAUAAUGUUACAACUUUGAUUUGAAGCAAAAAAGGACAAAAGACUGUGUACUACAAUCCCAACAUUGCAAACAUUAAAAACAAUGGAUACAUAAUAUAAAAAUACUAUAAAAAAUGUUGAUUAUAUUAUUAAGUUUAUUGCAAAAAUAUGCACAUUUGGAUGGAAUUUUGUGGAAAAUAAUGUCGUUUUUCACCACAAAGUCUACUGUUAAACACGUUUAUUUAAAAAUUAAAUUGAAAUAAUCUGGGAAUUUUUCUGUUUUGGGCAAAUCAUCAAGGUUCAAGGUUUAGCGCACCCAAAAAAUUUAAAAAAAAUUGUCAUUACUCACCCUCUCGUCGUUCCAAACCCGUGAGAGAUUUCUGUCCCUCCAGUGACAGCAACACAACUACAUAGUUCAUAAAGAGAUCAGAAAACCAAUCCAUAUGAAUCAAGCGGUUAAGUCCAAAUUUGAUUUAAUUUAGGCCUUUAUCAACAUAUAAACAUUGAUCUGUGAGCAUAAGCAGAAAAUGGGAAAUGACUUUGCUGUGCCAUGAAGGUACUUUAGCAAUGAAAAUCAUUUUAACGGGCACAUUAUUUUUGUCAUUUUACAUAUUUUCCUGCAUGUUUGUCUUUCUUCAUCUGUAAACGGCACUAUUGUGAUGCUGUAAUGUACUGUACUCCUUCAAUCAUCCCUUAAUUAAAGGGAUCAUAUUAUUGUUAAUCUCAGCAUUUGUUUGUUUACCUUCGCUAUCUCGAUCACUGUGUUCUUGUUCUCAUUUCCUAAUUUUUCUUUAGAAAUAAAUAUUGAUUUUUUUACUCCUC